CAUCAUACCUGCACAGUAUCACAAGAUGGAAACAGCGAAAGAUGCAAAUAUAUCAGUAGCCACAAGACUUGCCCUUCUUGAGCUGUUGGUGAUAGGCUCUGUACCUAAUGGAGCUUCAGUUUUAGGACUAACGCAAUCAACAGAAGAAGGCUCAAGCGGCCCUUCGAUAAGAAACACUGCAAAAAUCGCACCUCAUCAAUCCAUCACUCAUAGAUCACAAGAGGCUAACACUCAGCUGACACAGAGCAUUGAACGAUACAAGCCGAUCGUACAAUUCGUGGAAGAUUAUCGAUCGAACAGGCAAUAUCUGCUCCCACAACCAUCAGCAAAUAGUUCCUCUGGCACGGCUUCUACACCUGGCUCGCAGAUUAGGGGUACAAAGACAGAACAGCCUCAGACAAACAGCAGUGAUCUUAUCACACCACAAUCUGCCAUUUCACUUCUUCUAGAUUCAGAAAAGGAUCUAAGGCAAUUGGAUAGAGAUCUACAGUCUUGUGAUAAUCUUGCUCAACGGCAGGUAGCUGGAGCAGGCAAAUUGUCUGAGCAUGAAGCUCUUCUACCAACAUUGAAGGCCUUAAGGGAAAGCGUUGCACAGAAGUUGACGGCUGAUGAAGAGCUAGAAAGAGAGGCACUGAGCCUAAUGGAGAAAUAUGGAUCACAUGUCGACACCAUCUCACGCUUAUUUAUUCAUUGGGACACAAUGCUCACAGGUGUGGAAGAUGCACUAGAUCGUCUGGAAAGGAGAUAAUUGCAUAUCCUUGUAUUUAUAUAAUCCUGUAAAUUACUAAUACUAUAAUGAUAUCAUACAAG